CCAGUUACACUCACCCAGAGCUGCCCACAUUCUGUGCUGUGCAAAUACUGUGCUAUUGUGCCUUAUACUUGGCAGUUUGAGUUCUCCAUUCACUUGUCUCCCCAGAUUCCCGUAGCCCCUGGUUACUCCUCGCUACACCCUCAGCUAAAUAUAGAAGUUGGCACCCGCACUGCCCAGUUUCCCAAUGAUUCUGGCACUUAAUGUGUUUGAAGAAGGAUCUCAGAUUUCUCCCAGCCCCAUAGAUAAUAGCACAUUUCCACAAAAAACAAAAAAACGAAUCACAGCCCUUGGUUCGUCUGGGAAAGUUCCAUUUGCCCCUGGUGCAUUCGCGACGCACAUUGGUCUGUGUUUAACAUAUAUGUUUGUUACAGCAACAAUAAACCCAGCAGCAGACCCCCAUGGUUUAGAUUACCGGUGUCACGUGUAUUAUGUAUAUGUGUCACUUGUUAUGUCAGGGGUUGGUAAGGCUAGUGAUUUUUCUUGACUUCUAGUUGCGACCAAGGCCGACUAGUAGAGUUUGCCUAUACCUGAUGUUAAAUGAGCAUACCUGUCCAAACCACUGGCCUGGCGAUCCUUAUCCCAGCCAUUGCGCCCAUGCACCCCUACUCAGCCAUUGCACCUGGGCACCCCUAUACCAGUCAUUGCACCUGCGCAUACCAGGUAUUGCACCCGUGCACCCUACACCAGCCAUUGCAGCUGUGCAUCUCUAUACCAGGUAUUGCACCUGUGCACCCCUACACCAGCCAUUGCACCUGCGCAUCUCUAUCCCAGGUAUUGCACCUGCGCACCCCUACACCAGCCAUUGCACCUAUGCAUCUCUAUCCCAGAUAUUGCUCAUGUGCAUCCCUACACAGGUCCGGACUAAGAAUUAAAAAAGGCCCUGGCAUUUCAGGUACAUAGAGGCCUAAUCAGCCCCUACCAGCCCACUAAAUAGUGACUUUCUAUGGCACCUUAUAGCAGCCCCUCUGGCAUUUGCCAGAACCCACAGAUUGCCAGUCCGGGCCUGGACCCUACAGCAGCCAUUUCACCUGUGCAUCCCUAUCCCCGUCAUUGCACUUAUGCAUCCCUAUCCCAGUUAUUGCACCUGUGCAUCCCAAUCCCAGCCAAUAAACCUGUGCAUCCCAAUCCCAGCCAAUGAGCCUGUGCAUCCCUACCAGGCGUUACUCUCCUCUGCGCCCCUAUACUAGCUAUUGUUCAUGUGCAUCCCUUUCCCAGCCAUUGUACCUGUGCAUCCCUAUCCCAGCUAUUGCGCCUGUUGAUCCCCAUUAGCAUCCUUGACUGCACUAACUGUAAUCAGUGGGAGGGGCCAGGCCCUGUGUGGGCUGUUUGCCGGCUGCCCCCGGGGUGAGGCUCAGUACACAAGGGCAGGCAGCCCCAGGUUAAUCUGUCACUUGAAAGCUUCUGAGGAAUGUUGGGAUGAAAGGAUGCUGAUUGGAGCAUCACCGGCCAAUCAGAAGCGGGCAUUGGAUGUAUAGGGACAGACAGGUUGGAGAGUCCCAGCAUUAUUCUGGCAGGAGGUGUUGGGGAAACUGCUCUUUGCUCAGAGUCAGUUACAAUAAAGCUCCGCCAAAGGAAUCAAGUGAUUGGUAUUUAAUUGGUUUCCUCCUGCUCGUUACCUCUUGGGAUUAGGAGACAGUGGGACAUGGCAGUACAGACUUGCUUCCCUCAUUUCCCCAAUUAUGGAUAUGAUUGGCAGGGCCACUGUCUGUCCGGGGAGCCCGACUUUGACCUGCAGGAGUUCCGAGAUGCAGUCGAUCAGUUUAUUGCAGAUCAGCCCUCUCUCAUGCAGCCCAGUCUUGGGCCCCAAGGAUUCCAGCUCCCAGCCUGCAACGUGCCACUGUUUGAGCCCUGCAUGACCAACCCCCUGCAACCUCAGCCGGAACACCUGCUUCCUAUCAGUGUUCAGACCAUCCCCUCCACGGAGCAGUACUGGAGAGAUGUGGCUGGUCACAACCAGAAAGCUCUCGGGGAUGCCUUAGUAGAGAACAACCAGCUCCAGGUGACUCUAACUGAGAAACAAGAGGAGAUCGCUUCCCUGAAGGAGAAGAACAUCCAACUUAAGGAACUGGCCAAUCAAGCAAAGCAUCUGGCUUCUGUCCUUGAUAACCUAAUGAAAGAGCGGUCAAAACAAAAUUCCGGGGCAACUCAGGGGAGACUCGCAGUGAAACGGAGCCUAGAGGACUUUUACCCCCAGUGCAAUGAGCCCGACUCUAACCAGGUGGAUGAUAUACUGCAGGAAAUCUCGAAGAAAUGCAAUAUUGCCUUAAUGGGCAGUGCCCUCAGUGAAAGCAAACGCCCCAGGCUGGAGCCUAUGGACCCAAUGGACUGGCAGGAGGAAGGCAUAACAAAAAUCAAAAUGCAUGGAGCAUUUCACGGACUGAAAACAUCCACAGGGCUGAACUCUGUCAACUUGGGUGACACAGAUCUAGAAGAAGAUGUCUCCUUCAGAACUUCCAUCAAAGAGCACAGCACAAUCAGGACUUUGGCGUUUCCCCAGGGAAACGCCUUCACCAUUAGGACUGCUGCUGGGGGCUACAAAUUUAGAUGGGUUCCCAGUUAAGAAUGACAACAAUCAGCUAACUACACUUCCACUAAUGUACUUUGAAAUUCCUGCCUUGUUUUCUACUUGCACCCCAUUGUGCAGCACAUCUAACCUGCCACCAGAGGGCGCACAAUGAACACUUUUUUUUUAUUUGUUGGGCGAGCUGACAUACUAGUACUGUCUCUGCUAUUGGGACUGUAGAAUUUCUGCCAAAUGAAUCCUCAGGUACAAACCAGCAAAACUGGGAGGCUCUACAAACUUUUAAAAAUUCUUAUAUGAAGGAUAUUUGUUGCAUUGUUAUUACUCUAAAUACUGUUAUUUACAUUGCAGGAUAAUAUGGCUGGUUAUCAGAGAUAAUCUGCCCGAUCCUCUCAGUUAUAGGCUGGUGGCUAUGCUUUUUCUUGCAUUACGAAACAUGCAGAUGCCCAUUGUAUAUAAACGAUACAUUUUCAUUUGCACUUUGAUUCGAUGAAAAAAUAAGAAAACAUUUGUUUGAAUGAGAAUUUUGCAAGGUUUUAAUCCCUUGCAUUGAACAAAGGAAGGACCUGCCUGCACAGUGUUAAUUAAAAAAGUCCACAAUAAGCCAUUCAGUUCAAAAAUAUAUAGACACGCAAGGUUACCAUUUACCAGUUAACCACUUCCCAUACAGUAUAUAUAUAUAUAUAUAUAUAUAUAUAUAUAUAUAUAUAUAUAUAAUAAAGCAAAUGGACCCGCACUCCUCCAAGGAGUGCGGAUCCAUUUGCUUUAUUUGAAAACUUGACCUACGCACCCAUUUAUGUAUCUGAAAUCCGGAAAGAGUGCGUUCACCUGU